UUGGUGAACGGCGCCUUUCAUGUCAAAUCCAAUGUUCACUCGGCUCUCGAACUGGCUAGGGUUUCAGUUUUGAUGAUUUUGAUUUUGAAGUCUCGAAUACAAAAAAAAAUAAAUGGGAAAGCUAAUAACCAUCAGAGAGGUGAGGAAUCACGUUGGGGAUUGGGUGGAUCUUCUUGGAGUUGUUAUGGAGUUCAGCUUUCCCAGGAUGAGCCAUGGAACUGAUUAUGUUUCCAUUUUGAAGAUAGUGGACCAGUCACAGCAGAAACCUGAGUUACCUGUACACGUUUUCGUGGAGGCACAACAUAAGCUUCCGAUUGCUCAGUCGUAUGGCGACUUGAUCUUACUCCGCCAUGUAAAGGUUGAGAUGUUUGAUUCCGAGGUCUAUGCCGUUUUUAAAUGGAAAUAUUCAUCUUAUGCCUUGUUCACUGGAAUGGAGACUCAAAAUGUAUUCUAUUAUCAAACUUAUUCACGAUUCCACUUAUCACCAUUGGACAAAAAUCUCGUGAGGGAUCUAAGAAGAUGGCUUGUUCUCAAUCAGCUACUUGAUUCAGGAACAAGUGAAUAUCUCGUAUCUUUGAGUGAUAUCAAAGAGAAUGUAUAUUUUGAUCUCGUAUGCAAGGUCCAAUAUGUCGCUCAUGACAGUCGUGAUGAUAUGUGGAUGCUUUUUGUGUGGGAUGGAGCUGAUGUCCCUCCAUUAAGCAUAGAGGGAAAUCUGAAAGAUGAAGAGAAAAAUCCACUGCCCUUACAAAUCGAGUGUUCUACUUUACCAAAUGAUAUCCUCCAAAAAUUUAAACACGUUGGAACUGUUUUAAGAGUAAAAGCAGAUGAGGUGCAUGAGAAUCUUGGUGUGUACUUCAGACCUGUGGAAAAGUGGAUUAGAAUUCGGAAUAUGGUUUGUCAAGUAUCUUCAGGAUUGUGGUACGGCCUCUUAGGACCUACUUCAAAAGUUAGACUUCUUUCAAACAAUGACGGGAUUGUCGUAGAUCGCAUAAGGAGAUUCCAAGAGAAGGCUAGAAAGGGAUGUCGUUCUUCUCUCUGGAGUUUUCUUUAUCCCAAUUGUUUAACUGAGAUAAACUACAGUGAUGUUCAGUUUGUGACUUUGAUGGAUGUUUUGGUUUACAAAGAGGUUUCGUCUGAUCCUUUAUUUUGUUGUGUUAUUCGUGUGAUUGCGAUUUGUCCUUCACUAGUUGAGGACUUCUAUCUACCUGAUAGACUUGAUGAACGUAGGAUGAGGUUGACGCUAGAGGACUCAACAGCAAGAAUACAUGCCAGUUUAGAUGACAAUGAAUGGGAAUAUUUUUUCGGCGAUUGUGCUACGGCUGAUUCAUUGGCCAUGAAGAUCAAGCAAUUGCUUGGGGUGCCCAGGCAUCAAAAUAUCAAUGAUGAUAGUACCUUUUUAAGACAUCCUCCAUGGAUUAGAUGUUGUAUUUCCUUGGAAAGUGAUAAUGAAGGGAAUCAGAUAUAUAAAUUGUGUGAUACUAAACUCUUGAUAUAGGUCUUGCAAGGUACAAAUAUACCUUCUAGCUCUUUUUGAUGGUGGUUGUAUAGCUUUAUCACUUGAUCCUUCUUUUAGGGUAUUUAUGUUUGUACAAGCUCUAUAUGUAUAUUUUUUGGUCAUUUGAGGCUACUUUAAGCAUUCUCGAGCAUCAUUUUGGAAAGCUGUAAACAAUGCAUAAUGGCUGAAAGUAUGUUCUCUGUACCGUCCUGUAUAAAUGUUCAUUUGUACAUGGUACUUUUGCA